AUGAAUAACGAUGUAUAUAAUAUAUUCAAAUUGUAUGAUAAUUUAUAUAAGGAUUUUAAAGAAUUAAAAGAGAAAAAAAAUGAUAUGGAAGGUGGCGUUAGUUCAUGUGUAAAUAUAUAUGAGGAAAUUAUUAAUAAUAAUAGAAAAGGGGAUUACAGUAGUAUUCAGGAAGAAAUGGAUAAAUUUAGAGAUCAUUUUCAUAUAUAUUUGAAAGGAAUAAGUACAUACAAAUGUAAACCUGGAUUAUUGAAUUCUUCCUUGAUGAUACCACCAAAAAACAUAACCAAAGCAGAAGCAAUAUCAGGAGAUACUGCAUCUUCAGUAAUGUGGACAAGCACGGGUCUUUUAUUUUUUGCAAUAUUAAUAAUUAUAUUUAUUGUGUAUAAUGUUAAUAAUAAAUUUAUUUAA